CUCUUAUAAAUCAUCAUCAUAUGGCAUGCACAAUAUACCACCAUUUUUAACUAAAAUUAAAGUUCUUAUAUUAUGACAACUCCAAUAAUUCAACCAUCCAUUAGUGUUAAAACACUUUCUGAAUCACCAAAUCUCAAAUCUAUCCCUUCUAAUUAUGUUAACUCUGAUAUCUAUCCCUUUGAUUUCAUUGCAUCUAAGCCACAUGAUUAUUCAAACUCCAUCCCCACCGUUGAUUUUUCGCUACUCACAUCCAUUGAUCCUCAUCAACGGUCUCAAGCUAUCAACAAUCUCAAUAAAGCUUGCCAAGAAUGGGGAUUUUUCAUGGUGGUAAACCAUGGGAUACAAGAAAGUUUGAUAAAGAAAGUGAUUGAUGGUACUCAAGGAUUUUUCAAUUUAAGAGAGGAGGAGAAGAAAGAAUUUGAAGGGAAACAUGUUUUGGACCCUAUAAGGUAUGGGACAAGCUUCAAUACCUCUAAGGAGAAAGCUUUCUUUUGGAGGGACUAUCUUAAGGUGUUUGUGCAUCCAAAGUUCCACUCUCCUAGCAAACCCGAUCGAUACAGUGAUAUUAUGUGGGAGUAUUGUGAGAAAGUUAGAGAAGUAACAAAAGUAUUACUUGGAGGACUAUCACAAGGCUUAGGACUUGAAGAAUGUUAUUUGGAAAAAACUCUAGAGAUGAAGUCAGGAUUUCAAAUUUUUAUUGCAAAUUAUUACCCAUGUUGUCCUCAGCCAGAACUUGCACUUGGUAUGCCACCUCAUUCAGAUCAUGGCCUUUUAACUCUAAUUAUUCAAAACCAAGUUGGAGGAUUACAAGUUCAACAUCAAGGCAAAUGGAUUCAUGUCAAUGCACUUCCUAACUCUCUCUUGGUCAAUACUGGUGACCAUCUCGAGAUUUUUAGUAAUGGGAAGUACAAGAGCAAUGUACACAAAGUAGUGGUGAACAACACAAGUCCAAGAAUAUCAGUAGCUGUUGCUCAUGGACCAUCACUAGAAGCAAUUGUAAGUCCUGCUUCCCCAUUGGUACAAAGUGAAACCAAUUAUAUACCAAUGAAGUACAAGGAUUACAUGGAGAUGCAACAAAGUAAUCAACUUCACCAAAAAUCCAUUCUGGAACAAGUCAAAAUUCAAAGGAACUGAUAAUUUUUUCCUAAUAUAUAUUGGGAAAUAUUUAUGUAAUAAUGUUAGAAUCUUAAUGUACUGAUGCUUAUUAUUGAAUCCAUUACAUUU